CGGCAGAAGAGAAGUAAUCGGGCCCGACGCCGCCCAAGUUCCCAACCCACCAGGAAUGCCGCCGCCGCGGGCGCUCCCGCUGCCGCACUUCACCCUGCCGCCGCUCGCUGGCGAGGAUCUCGUCUUCGUCACCGCCCUCCGCUCCCAUCUCUCCUCCUCUUCGCCGCCGCCAGCGCCCUCCUCGCUCUCCCCCUUCCUCCCCCAGCUCACCCCGCUCCGCCUCUCGCACCUCCUCCUCCACCCUCCCCGGGUUCCCCACCACCUCCUCGCCUCUCUCCUCCCUUCCCCGCCGCCGCCGCUCCCUUUCGCGCUCCUCCUCCACUCCCUGCCCCCGCGCCGCUCCUCCGAGCUCCUCUCCUCCCUGCUCCCGCGCCAUGCCGCCGCCUUCCACGAUCUCCUCCACCACCUCCUCCUCACCGCCCGCCUCGCCGCCGGUGGGGGCGGCGCGGCGGCUCCGGCCAUCGACGUGCUCUUCUCCGCCUGCGCGCGCGCCAACAAGCUCUCCCAGGCCACGCUCGCAUUCCGGGCCAUGCGCGCCCACGGGCUUCUCCCGCGGGUCGAGUCCUGCAACACCUUCAUCUCCGCCGCGCUCCGCCUGAAGCGGCCCGAGAUCGCCGUGGCCUUCUUCCGGCAGAUGCGCCGGUGCUGCAUCUCGCCGGACACGUACACGGCCAACAUGAUGCUCGCCGCGUUCUGUGCCCUGGGGAGGGUCGCCGAUGCCGCCAAGAUGCUCGACGAAAUGCCGGAAUGGGGGGUUUAUCGGACCGUGGUCAGCUUCAACACGCUGAUAGCGGCGUACUGCAGGGGCCAUGGCGGAUUGGAGAAUGCUCUGGAGCUGAAGAGGAGGAUGGAGAAGGAGGGGUGUGCGCCCGACGCGGUGACGUAUAACACGAUCAUCCAUGGGCUGUGCAAGGAGAGGCAGAUGCGGCAGGCGAAUCAGUUGCUGAUCGAGAUGAGGGUGAUGAGGGUUGCGCCAAACACAGUAACGUACAACAUGCUGAUUCAUGGGCAUGUCAUGCUCGGCGAUAAUAAGACGGCGUCGAGGGUUCGCGAAGAGAUGGUUAAGAACGGUUUGCAGCUUGACAUCGUGACAUACAACACGCUCAUUCUUGGCCUUUGCCGUGAAGGGAAGGUAAAAGAGUCUGAGCAUUUGCUUCAGGAGCUCGACAAGCGUGGGCUUGAACCGAAUGCUUCAACUUUCGCAGCACUGAUUACUGGCCACUGGAAGACGCAGAAUUCAGAGCGAGCACUGCAGCUGUUGAAUGUGAUGAAGAAAUCUGGCUUCCAUCCGAAUUACGACACAUUUAAGAUAGUUGUAUCUACUUUCUGUAAGAAUAAGGAUUUUGAAGGAGCAGUGGAUGUGAUGAAGGACAUCUUAGGGAGGUGCAUGGCUCCUGACAAGGCCUUGUUGCAUGAGUUCUUUGAUGGCCUGUCUAAGGCUAAAAAACUCCACUUAGCAGAAGAUCUGCGCUCAGCUGAUAGAGCUGGACGGCUUAUUCCUGCUGUCUACUAUACUGGUGAUUACAGGAUCAAGGGCGAAGAGGAAACUGCAUAUUAACGUGCACAGACAACAAUUGAUCUCAUCAGAAUGUACGAUUUGGUUUGUCAAGAUAAAUAAAUUAGUUUGGAGAGCAAUAUAACUUAAAUCCUUAUUUUUAUAAGAAUGUGGAAUUUGUUUUGACACAA